AAAAGCAGAGGCAGCCUCGCGCUGCGCGCUGCCGACGCGAGCCGGAGCGGAGCGAGACACCGACAGAGGCACAACUACUGCUCAUUCGCACCGCCACCCGUACGUGUAAAGGCUGCCCGGCACCCUAAAGCCAACAACAGUAGACAGCACAACACCACAAAGAGCCAACAAAAGAUGAAGCGCUUCAAACGCAAGCAGAAGAAGCUCAAGGAGAAGCAGACCGCUAGAUUAAUAGCGGAGUCUCCGUUAACCUGCGCCCUGGACAUCUGGCAGGCGAGGAAGGAGGCCCGAGCCAAGGCCGAGUACGCGUUAUCUCACGAGGAUUUUCUGAUGGCCGAGGCGGACCUGGUGCACCACUUGAAUAGGUUAAAGGCGUCGACUGGUUUGGACGAGAAGAAGUCGGAGCUCGUGGAGGAACAGAAGGAGACCUCGGCAUUGCGGGAGUUCUUCGAGGGAGUAAACGGGUUCGGCUGGUUGCGGCGCGACGGCUGGAUCGGUCGGGCGCAAGCGAAGAAGAAGCGGGCCGUGCCCUUUUUUGCGUUGGACUGCCAGUACUGGGAGGGCGUAUCCAUAAAAAGGUGGGAGCGGCGCGUCGGCGGGUUGGACUUACCUCGUAAUAACUUGGAAGGAGAGUUACCUACGGACGCGUUAACUAAACUCAUAUCGUUAGAUACUCUCAUACUGCCGGGCAACGACGUCUUCGGCACUUUAUCUGGACUAGGUCAGCUGACGGCGCUGACAGACCUCGACCUCGCCGAGAACCGCUUUACGGGCGAAAUCCCUUCUGAGUUGGGCGAGGUCAACCAACUGACGAGGGUUGAUUUGUCAAAUAAUGGGUUAGACGGUCAACUCCCAGCUUCGCUACAAAACCUGUCGCAGUUAAGGGUGUUACAACUGAGAGCGAACGCGCUGGAAGGCGUUAUACCGGAGGAGUACGCAACCCUGACGCAGCUCGAGGACCUCGAUUUAGCUGAAAAUAGAUUUGUCGGUGGACUAGACUGGGCGUCGUCGUUAGUCAAAUUAACAUCAUUGGACUGCUCGCGAAACUUUUUUUCUGGUGUUUUGCCAAUACUACCAGAGACGUUGAUAACGUUAGAUCUCGGCGUGAACGGUUUGCAGGGGCCCUUCUCGAAUGAGUUUUGCGAGAGGCAUACUUCGUUACAAACUUGCAUUUUAAGAGAGAACAGACUAGGCGGCGCCUUACCGGAAAAGCUCGGCCUCCUGAUCAACCUGAAACAGCUGGAUCUCUCGCACAACCGCUUCAUCAAAUUCUUGCCGGAGUCCUGCACCCAACUUAGUGAAUUAAGAUGCUGCGACUUCCAGGGCAAUGCCCUGGAAAUGAUCCACUAUCCCCAGGGUCUUGAAGAUAUGGAGCAUUUACAGUACUGGUUCGGCGCCGACGGGUUUUACUCCCAAAAUUUACAGCGACCGAAGCGCUACGAGAAGUCGAAGUUCAAGGCCAUGAUGCGCUUCCAGAAGCUCUACGCGGGCGAGCCCGUCCUCAAAGCGCAGGCGCCCGUGGACCCGAACGCCGAAGACCCUAGGACCAUGGGGCAAUUACCACCGCACCCGCCCUUGCACAUGACGAAGUUCGGGAAAUUCGAGCGAGGCGAGGAGGUGCCGGACAACGUGUUACCAGGAUCGCACUCGUCGCUGCCGCCCGAGGGCGUUUUUGUCGACGCCGAGGGCACGGUCUUCCCGCCGGGCUACGUGCAUCUGGGGUUGCCGGGGACGUCGCACGAGAUCGGGCCGCGCGACCACGAGGGCCGGACCCACUAAGUGUUGUAUGUGUCUUA